GAUGAGGAUUGGUGAGAAGUGCGUGCAUGUGUAUAUAUAGAAACGUAGGUACUGGAAUUAAUAUAACUUCCUAGCAGCUUGUAUAUUUAAUGGAUGAUAUCCCUUCAGAUAUCAUAGAAGAAAUAUUAUCGAAGCUUCCGGUGAGAUCCUUGCUGCGGUUCCGUUGCGUGUCACGCCCAUGGAAAUCCCUUAUUUCCGAGCCUUGGUUCACCAGAAAACACGUCACCGAAGGCAUCAGGAGAAGGCCGAAGCUGGUGUUCAACCACGACGGCCACCGGCACCCGGAGCAUAAACUCUACAUAUACUCUGUGUACAUGUUCGCUUUCGGGCCGAAGCGUGGCCAGCCCAUGGGCAUUGAGCCCUGCAAAAGCACCCUCUCUUCCGUAUCAAACCAAUGCCUAGAGGGCACCACCAAUCUCACCUCCCCGCCGCCGUUAACGUUGUACGAAGGUUGUCGUGGGUACAUUAUGCUGAAGGUCUUUUGCCCAGAACUGUGGUGUGUCAGCGUCGGAGAAUCCCUGUUUCUUUGGAACCCGUCUCUCUCUUCUUCUUCUUAUGUCAAACUCCCCGACCCGCCGCCUCCUCUGCCGGGCAGGAGCAGGCUCAGGGAGAGCUACGGGGUGGGGUAUGACGCACGUGGGGACGAUUACAAGCUGUUGCGGGUUCACCAAUUCGGUUCGCCCGCCGCCCAACCUUGGACCGGCCGGUUAUGCAUGGAGACACAUGUAUACUCUCUCCGGCGCAAUGCUUGGAGAAAGAUUCAGAAUCAUUGUUUUCCGCCGGCGAAAAGUUCGACCACCGUCCUGUUGCUUGAUACAGACAGCACCACCGUUCCUGUGGGCGGAGCCCUCCACUGGAUCGGGUACCCCAUCAAAUAUAACACCAUAUCUUACACAACAUGCAAGAAAACCUCCGUAUCCAUUGUUUCCUUUGAUCUGUCGAGUGAAAGGUACGGAUUGGUUCCGCAAUCCAAGUUUUUCCCCAUCUCAAUAGCUGAUUCCUACUGUUCUAAACUCACGGUGUUGAAAGGAAUGUUGUGUGUUUACGUGAGCACUUAUGCGGAGAAAAACCUGGCAUUGUGGGCCAUGAAAGACUACGGAGUGGAGGAAUCGUGGACUAAGCUGUGCGACGUUCCACACCCCGCCUUGGAUGGACGACCCUCCUUCUCCGGCGACUGCAAGUUCACCAGAACCGCUGCUUUGCAUUUGUACGAAGAUGGAAAGCUCUUACUCAUGACCCAAUUAUAUUGUCUAGGUGAGAUCGUCAUCCUCAACUCCAAGGAGGAUUGUCACCAACCUAUUUCACGAAUCAUUGUUCCACGUGAGUCUGCUAACGAGUUUUGUGAUGCCUUCGUCUAUGUUGAAAGCCUAGUAUCCCCCAUGUCCUACUUGGGCCAGGCCAAGAACAAAUAAUACCGAUCUAUCUAUCUAUAGAUAAGGUUGGGAAAUUGUUGCCAUUAUUGUUUUAAAAUCAAUUUCUAAAUAAUAUGAAAUUAGGAAUCCAAUUAAAGGUAAUGCUCCGUAUUAAUAGGAAUCCGAUUAAUAUCUUCC